CCCACCCCUACAGUUGUCAGAUCAGCCAGUGUAGUCCGUCCGUUUACGUAUCGUCGUGCGGACGUUAAUUUCACGGGCUUGGGAAGAUUUUCCGUGUAAAAUGUAUACGCUGGCAUCGAAGUAAAUUAAAUAUUGGUCGUUGGUUGAUUGUGGUGAUGAUAUGAGAAAUCUGGCAUUAGAUUAUGUCGAAGACGUAGAAUAAAUUUUACGUAUUAUUACGUUUAUCAAGAGUUGAAUACAUAGUAGUAAUAGUGUCAUUAUUUUCAGUAACGAGAGACAAUAAAAAUAAGAAUAUAAAAGAAACAGACGUAACUAAAAUCGUGCAGCGUUUCGGUGUAGAAUCAUAAAAUGUGGUUGACGGUAGUGUGGGCGACGUUUUUGAUCGCGUGCCCGUCACUGUUGGGCGUUGUCGGGCAGUACGAAUGGCAGGUGCGCGAUGAGUUUGACGAAAUUCGUCGGCGAAUGGAUCAGGUUACCAUAGAAAACUGUCCGAUUCAGCAUGUCGGAGAUUUGUACCUUCCUGAAGAUGCGGUAUCGCAUUUACCGGACAUUAAGGACAUUAACAUAAACCCAGUAUUCCCAAACAGAACAGCUUUGCUUCACCUGCAGAAUAUGGCACUGAGCAGAUCGUUUUACUGGAGUUACAUACUGCAGUCGCGUUUCAUACGACCCGCGAUAAACGACACGUACGAUCCAGGAAUGAUGUACUACUUCUUGUCAACCGUAGCAGACGUAUCCGCUAAUCCGUAUAUCAAUGCCUCGGCAAUUUACUUUGCUCCUAAUACCUCAUACUCCCCAUCCUAUCGAGGAUUCUUCAAUAAAACUAUGCCCAGAUUCGCUCCGAGAACUUUCAGAGCUGACGAUUUCAACGACCCGAUUCAUCUUGAGCGAAUUUCGACCAGAAAUACCUUCACUGUUCAAGAUCUCGGUGCUUUUCCGGCCGACAGUCUCAGCCAUGAUUAUACCACCGAUUAUUAUCGAAUAAACGAAUGGUACAAAAAAUGGCUUCCAGACAAUGUUGACAGAAGACAUGAUACAAAAACUACCUACCAGGUGGAAAUUAGAUAUGCAAAUAACACUAACGAGACUUUCACGUUUCAUGGCCCCCGAGGUGCCGAUGAAUAUCCCGGGCCAGUGAAAUGGACUCGGCCGUAUUUUGAUUGUGGCCGGUCAAAUCGUUGGCUGGUGGCCGCGGUUGUACCCAUUGUUGAUAUUUACCCCAGGCAUACGCAGUUCAGGCAUAUUGAAUAUCCAACAUACACCGCAAUUGCGGUUCUUGAAAUGGAUUUUGAAAGGAUAGAUAUAAAUCAAUGUCCGAAGGGCCAAGGAAAUAAUGGUCCAAACAGAUUUGUAGACACAGCAAGGUGUAAAAAAGAAACUACUGAGUGUGAACCGCUACAUGGAUGGGGCUUCAGGAGAGGUGGCUAUCAAUGCCGAUGUAAGCCUGGGUCUAGAUUGCCGACUGUAGUAAGAAGACCUUAUCUUGGUGAAAUAAUUGAGAGGGCUACCUCGGAGCAGUAUUACAACGGAUUUGAUUGUACCAAGAUUGGAUGGGUUCAAAAAAUGCCUGUACAAUGGAAGAAGGCAACGCCAUAUAUGAAAGAAAAAUACCUUGAAAGAUUUUAUGAGUAUCGAAAUUAUACAACUGGCCCGGCUUCACUGCACACUGAAAAAAUGAAUAUUGACCAGGCUUUAAAAUUCAUUCGCAGUGUCAAUCCAAAGACCUGUAAGAAUUUUACUCAACACGAUUUGAAUUUGCAUGGAGACAUCAGCUUUAAAGCAGAAGAAUUCUUUGAGAAUGAAGCAAAGAUGGCAGCUAGGUUAGCUAACUUCAUCAGUGCAUUUCUCCAAGUAUCAGAUCCUAAGGAAGUUUAUUCUGGCAAGAGGGUGGCAGAUCGUCCCUUGACUGAAGAUCAAAUGAUCGGCGAAACUUUAGCUAUGGUGCUAGGAGACACCAAAAUUUGGUCAGCUGGUACUUAUUGGGAACGUAACAAAUUUACUAAUCGAACCUUCUUCGCUCCUUAUGUGUACAAGAACACGCUUAAUACUGGAAAGGUCAAAGUCGAGGAUCUGGCGAGGCUGAAUAACACAGACGAAGUUUACACAAAUAAGCCUUGGUUCAAAUUUCUUAAACAACGCUGGGCAGCCAACUUUGAAGAGCUGGAACAAUAUCACAUGAAGAUCAAGAUUCGAUUCAAUGAGACAGGAGAGUAUCUGAAAAAAUACGAACACUACCCUAACUUUUACAGGGCAGCAAACCUGAAACAUGGCCAUUGGACCGCUCCCUAUUUCGAUUGUAACGGCAAAGUGAAGAAAUGGGUAAUCACCUAUGCAUCACCGUUUUUCGGCUGGGAUAGCUUGAAAGACAAACUGGAAUUCAAGGGUGUUGUGGCUGUUACCAUGGACUUGCUUCAGCUGGAUAUUAACCAAUGUGAUGAUAAAUUCUACAUUCCCAAUGCCUUCAAAGGCACACAUAAAUGUGACAGGAAAACAUCAUACUGUGUUCCGCUUCUCGGCCGCGGUUUUGACACCGGAGGCUAUAAAUGCGAGUGUAAACAAGGAUAUGAAUAUCCAUUAGAGGAUCUGAUAACGUAUUAUGACGGACAGCUGGUAGAAGCAGAAUUUAACAAUAUUGGAAAUGAUAAGGAAACCAGGUACGACAUGUUCAAGUGUCGUCUAGCAGGUGCUACUUCGAUCCAUGCAAGUUGGCUACUGCUUCUCACAGUAAUUGGUCUGUUUUAUAGACUGCACCACAGAUAAGACCGCUAUUUGUAAAUUUGAUUUCAAUUUAUAUUCUUUUUUACCUAUAUUAUGGAUCUGAAUAGUAUAAUCCGUCCGUAGCUUCGUAAGAAAAUACAUAUACGAAAUUAUAGUACAUAGUUGGACUUGCAACAUCGUAUUAUGGCAAGGAAUUUUAAAAAUAAGUUACAGAUCUGAAUAGUAUAAUCCGUCCAUACCUUUGUAAGAACAUAAUCAUACAGAAUUAUGAUACGUGGUUCGAUUUGCAACUUUGUAUUAUUGCAAGCAAUUAUAGCAAUUACUCGACUGAUAUUAUAAAUAGUUUUCAGAAAUGCUCGAAAGAUUGCUAUAAAUAAUCUUAACCAAGAAGUGAAUCUCUUUUUUCAAUUUUGUUUAAUUUAUACGUAAACUCGUUUAUUACAGGUAUUUCUAUUUGCAUUUCAAAUCUGAAUCUCGAAACGAAUAAAUUAUUCGUAAUAAAGAUAUUAAACUUUUAUUAUCGGAAAUACUUUCAACUUUCGUCCACUCUAGUAUUAUAACUAUAAUAUGUUGACUGUAAUAUUGUAAUUCCCUCUUACACGUUACAAC